ACUUUUGAUACUGAUUCUCAGUGGAAAAUAAGAGCUGGGAAGGUGAUUCUCAUUUUGACAAAGCUGUAUGACUAUAACCUUGGGAGCAUCACUGAGAGCUCACUUUGGAGGUCAACCGAUUAUGGGACAACCUAUGAAAAGCUGAAUGAUAAAGUGGGGUUGAAGACAAUUUUAAGCUAUCUCUAUGUGUGUCCGACCAACAAGCGUAAGAUUAUGUUACUCACAGACCCGGAGAUUGAGAGCAGCUUAUUGAUCAGCUCGGAUGAAGGGGCAACCUACCAAAAGUACCGGCUCAACUUUUAUAUCCAGAGUUUGCUUUUCCAUCCAAAGCAAGAAGACUGGAUCCUGGCAUACAGUCAAGACCAAAAGUUGUACAGCUCUGCUGAAUUUGGCAGAAGAUGGCAGCUUAUCCAGGAAUCAGUGGUUCCAAAUAGGUUCUACUGGUCUGUGAUGGGGUCGAACAAAGAACCAGACCUUGUGCAUCUUGAGGCCAGGACCAUAGAUGGACAUUCACAAUACCUAACUUGUCGGAUGCAAAACUGCACAGACGCCAACAGAAAUAAGCCUUUCCCAGGCUACAUUGACCCUGACUCUUUGAUUGUUCAGGAUGACUAUGUGUUUGUUCAGCUGACAUCUGGAGGAAGACCACAUUACUACGUGUCCUACCGAAGAAGCACGUUUGCACAAAUGAAGCUCCCGAAAUACGCUUUGCCCAAGGACAUGCAUGUCAUUAGCACAGAUGAGAAUCAAGUGUUUGCAGCAGUUCAAGAAUGGAACCAGAACGACACCUACAACCUCUACAUCUCAGACACCCGUGGUGUCUACUUCACCCUGGCCUUGGAGAACGUCCAGAGUAGCAGAGGCCCUGAAGGCAAUGUCAUGAUCGACCUCUAUGAGGUAGCAGGGAUAAAGGGAAUGUUCUUGGCUAACAAGAAGAUUGACAACCAAGUGAAGACUUUCAUCACUUACAACAAAGGCAGAGACUGGCGUUUGCUGCAGGCUCCAGAUGCAGAUCUAAGGGGGGAUCCUGUGCACUGUUUACUGCCUUAUUGUUCACUACACCUCCAUCUCAAGGUCUCUGAGAAUCCCUACACAUCUGGGAUCAUUGCCAGCAGGGACACAGCCCCAAGUAUUAUAGUUGCUUCAGGUAAUAUAGGGUCUGAAUUGUCAGACAGCGACAUCAGCAUGUUUGUCUCCUCAGAUGCAGGGAACACUUGGAGGCAGAUCUUUGAAGAAGAGCACAGUAUUUUGUACCUAGAUCAAGGUGGAGUUCUGGUUGCUAUGAAACACACGUCUCUCCCAAUUCGACACCUUUGGUUGAGUUUUGAUGAAGGGAGAUCUUGGAGCAAAUACAGUUUCACAUCCAUUCCACUUUUUGUGGAUGGAGUUCUGGGGGAGCCUGGAGAAGAGACACUGAUCAUGACAGUAUUUGGACACUUCAGCCACCGCUCCAAAUGGCAGCUGGUCAAAGUGGAUUACAAGUCCAUUUUUGAUAGACGCUGUGCUGAAGAAGACUACAGACCCUGGCAGUUACACAGCCAGGGUGAAGCAUGCAUCAUGGGAGCCAAAAGGAUAUAUAAGAAGCGAAAAUCUGAGCGAAAGUGUAUGCAAGGAAAAUAUGCAGGAGCGAUGGAGUCUGAGCCUUGUGUUUGUACAGAGGCGGAUUUUGACUGUGACUAUGGCUAUGAGAGACAUAGUAAUGGGCAAUGCCUGCCAGCUUUUUGGUUCAACCCAUCCUCACUAUCAAAAGACUGCAGCGUGGGACAGAGCUACCUCAACAGCACUGGGUAUAGGAAGGUGGUCUCCAAUAACUGUACUGAUGGGGUGAGAGAACAGUAUACUGCCAAACCACAGAAGUGUCCAGGGAAGGCUCCUCGAGGGCUCCGGAUCGUCACGGCAGAUGGAAAACUGACAGCAGAACAAGGACACAAUGUCACUCUCAUGGUGCAACUGGAAGAGGGUGAUGUGCAGCGGACACUCAUCCAGGUGGACUUCGGAGAUGGCAUUGCAGUGUCUUAUGUCAACCUCAGCUCCAUGGAAGAUGGAAUCAAGCAUGUUUAUCAGAAUGUGGGCAUUUUCCGAGUGACCGUGCAGGUGGACAACAGUCUGGGGUCUGACAGCGCCGUCCUGUACUUACAUGUAACUUGUCCGCUGGAGCAUGUGCACCUGUCGCUUCCUUUUGUCACGACAAAGAACAAAGAGGUCAACGCAACUGCGGUGCUCUGGCCCAGCCAAGUGGGUACCCUCACUUACGUGUGGUGGUACGGAAACAACACGGAGCCCUUGAUCACCUUGGAGGGAAGCAUAUCAUUCAAGUUUACUUCUGAGGGAAUGAAUACCAUUACAGUGCAGGUCUCAGCUGGGAACGCCAUCCUGCAAGACACAAAGACCAUAGCGGUGUAUGAGGAAUUCCGGUCUCUUCGCUUGGCCUUUUCUCCAAACUUGGAUGACUACAACCCUGACAUCCCCGAAUGGAGGAGGGACAUCAGCAGAGUCAUCAAAAAGUCUCUGGUGGAAGCCACAGGGAUUCCCAGCCAGCACAUCCUGGUGGCAGUGUUGCCUGGCUUACCCACAGCUGCUGAGCUCUUCAUUUUGCCCUAUCAAGAUGCAACCAGAGAAAACAAAAGGUCACCAGAGGACCUGGAGCAGAUAUCUGAAGUUCUAAUCCACAAACUCAAUCAAAACUUGGUGCACUUCGAGCUGAAGCCUGGGGUCCAAGUUCUUGUUCAUGCAGCUCACCUAACAGCAGCCCCACUGGUGGACCUCACUCCAACCCACAGUGGAUCUGCCAUGCUGAUGUUGCUCUCAGUGGUGUUUGUGGGGCUGGCCGUAUUCGUCAUCUACAAGUUUAAAAGGAAGAUCCCGGGGAUUAAUGUUUAUGCCCAGAUGCAAAAUGAGAAAGAACAAGAGCUGAUCAGUCCAGUCAGUCACAGUGAAAGCAGGCCCAGUGUCCCUCACCCUGACCAGAGGCCUGGCCAGCUUGUAGAUGAGAAGGUGGAAUCACAGCUCCUAGGUAAAUGAUGCCCAGUGGCCAUCAGCUGCCCAUGCUGAGUAGUCAACACUAACCCACCUUUUAAUCCCUUUUUGGCUUUAUAU